UCCAUUUUAUCUUCAGAAGUGAACUCCCACUGUCUGAAGAAGAAGCAGAACAAUCAGAUAAAGAAGUAACGGAAGAACUUGCAAAGCCAACUCAGCAUACUUUGCCGCAAAUUGAAAAUGUUUCGUCUCAAAGAAGUGGAUCCGACAUUCUCUUGACUUGGAAUGAAGUACCUGACAGAAACGUUCUAUACAACAUAGAAAUCUUCUGCGAUGAUGUUAAACUUGGAGAGACUCACACUACAGAGGUUCCUCAGUAUAGAAUGAAGUCACCUACACUUGAUAAAAAAUAUCGUUUCCAAGUCUGGGCCAAAGAUGAAUUGGGAAACUCUGGCAUCAAAACACAGUCAAAGAAUGUUAUCAAAUCGGAAAAUGUUGGAGUUGCCGGUGGCUCUAUGAGACUAAAUGAAUGCAACGUCACGUUUCCUAGUGGAACUUUCAACAAACAAACAAAGGUCUGGAUGUCAGUUGGAAUAGACAAUUCAAUAUGCCCCAAAGAAUACAUUGGUAUCACACCAGUUUUCGAUAUCAGUGCAGAUUCGGAAUUCCUCAAAGAUGCGAUUGUGCAAAUCAAGUCAUGGUGCAUCGGUCUAGAGAAAGACAAAAUUGACAUAUUACAUUUCUCAAGCAAAACUGACUGGGACAUUAUUAAACCUGAUCGAAUCACAAAGGAUAACAGCAUAGAAUUUCGAUGUAGAAAGUUUAGUCUAUUCACUGUCGCCAUGAAUUGGCUAAAAUGGCUAAUUGGCAAACAACAGGUCAUUGUGGAUAACUGUCUCUAUAUUUCAAACAAAAAUGAAUUUCAUUUCACAUUUUAUAAUAAAUGUGAGACUGCUGAAACCAGCAUCAGAUCACAUUACAGAGAACUAGGGGCACAGCUUGCUUCAAUUUGGUUCAAUCCAGUUGCUUUGAAAACUAAUGACAGACUUCACUUAGAUUUACAAAUUAUUAGAGGACGAGAAAACCUACGAUUUGAUCACCGUCACAGAGAAUUCAUUUGUGAUCAAAUAUUUCUAACAGCCGAGAGAUGUAAACUCACAUUUUUUCUCAAUCCCAAACUGCCAAAAUACCCCGAAAGAGUUAUCAAAUGCGAAGUUACGAUAAAUCACAUUUUACAUGAUUCGCAAAAGUUUUCUUUUCCUUUAGAACUAAAAGAUGAAAAUAAGCCAGCACCCCCACCUUUCGUUUUCCAUGGAGAUUUUAAUGUGGGCGGAGAUGUAGAUAUGAUGGGCCAAGGAAAUGAACAUCGUCAACAACAUUUACAAGAUGCACGAAAUGAACAGAGAGCAGCAGAUGAGAACAUUGGUAUAAACAGAGCCCGUGAACCAGAAUUGGCUUUCAAUGAACCGCUCGUGGAGGAGGAAGAAUUGGAUCUUUGUUGAACAACCUUUCAAACCAACAGAUAAUACAAAAGCGGAAAUAGAAAGAUUGUAUGAGGAAGAGUCAUGCAGUGAAUUCAACUCCCUUAUCCCUACUAUUGUAUAUAUAGAUUUUCUUUAUAACUCUACAUAUUUCCCUACAUUAUAAAAAAAAAAUUAAAAAAAAGUGUCAUGUAUAAAAAAGAUGUGAAAAAAAUCUCAAAUAUAAAAAAAAAUUAAAAACAACAAAAAUAAAAAAAAUUCAAUGGUCACUCAGAAAUAAAAGAGACUGAUCUAUGAGCGAAGUUAAGAGUGAUCACUGAAGUGACAAAUCCUCCGGAGACUUAGAAUCACUCAUUGGCAUAUACCGAUUGGCAUGGGACAUGACAGAAGUAGUCCAAGUAGAAUCUCACAGAAUAUUGAAUUUUAUUUUAAUUAUCAAGCCUAAAAUUUUUUUAUUUUUCAUUGAGUUACAUUGUCAUUAUCCAAUUUUCAUAUAUCAGUUGCUGAUAUUUAUCAAUGUAAAGUUUAUACAUAUUUAAAUAUAUUAUCAUUGAUUACAAAAUAAUAUAAAACCACAGUUUUUGCAUUUGGUUUAUUAUCCCCUCAUCUCUUAGGUAAUAAUUCUUAAAAAAAUUUGGUAAUUGUGUGAUAUCUCCAGCCUAAUAUAUUUACAGCUUAUUAAUGGUCCUUGGCCUUUCUUUAUUUUUCAACUGUCUAAUAAUCAAAAAGUUUACAGUCUAGUUGUGUGGCUAUCAUAUUUUCAUUUUCGUAUUUUGUUUCUCCUUGAUUAGAACUUUUGACUAUGACAUUAUAAAUAGAACACAUGUUUAUUGGGUUGUCUCGAUUCGUGUCAUUGUUUUCCCGAUAAUAAUUUAUAGCUAGUGCAUAAUUUUGAUUGCUCGAUUAUUGCAGCAGUCAGUAGAAUUGGGAAAUUUCCCAUCAGUUGGUGUUUGACUUGGUGUUAAUGUAAUCUUUAGUAAAUUCACUAUAUCUAGUAAGUGAUAUCCAGUUGGAUAAUUUGUACGGUACUUACCAUCAUCACAUAUAUUUCCAUUUUUUAAACCAGCUUUGGUUCCUCGUGGCCUCACUUCCCCAGUAAAACUGUGUAUUAUCUUCAUCUCAUAAUUUGUUGUCGUUCGAUAUUUAUUUCACUGGUUGGAAAAAAAUAAACUUGACUUGACUUUUACUUAGUGAUGAGAUAAAUGUUACAACUUCUAUUGUAUGUAUUGAUAUUGCCUAAUUUUAUUUAACCUUAUCGUAACUCGUCUUAAAAAGCUAUUGUUCGAAUUUUUGUUGUGAAAUGCAUCUGUUUUUGGUCUUAUGUUUUUCAAUUAUUGUCAACUACUGAAAUCUACAAUUUAUGUGUAUAUUUUGGAACAUUUCUGAGAUGAUUAAAUAUUGUGAUUUGUCGGCAUUUUUUACGACUGUUAUAAUAAAUUAAUUCCAACUCUGGCUCCAUCUAGUGGUUAGACAUUAUGUUCCUAACCGAAGAGAGCAGAAUGGUAGCUGAGGACUCUGCCAGAGUCCAAAGUAACUUUGCCCCUAAUCUAUGUGAAGUAAAAACAUAGGGUGUAUUAUAAAUUCUAGUUAUAUUAUAAUAGUAAUACAUGUAGAUUGUAGAAUAUUAUAAUGACAUGCAAUGCUCAUUGUAAAUUUCCUUUUUGUAUAUGUCAGCUUUUUAAAUUUUCAUGCAUUGCAAUCAGCAUUUCUUGCUACAUGAUUGACAACACUGUACAUAAUCUUGCUGUAUUGGAAUGAAAUAACAAUUGGAUGAAUAAUUCAACUUAUCCAAUCCUCAAUCCACCCUAAUGUAUAUAGGUUUUCUAUAUAACCGUGUGUGUUUUCAUAUGUUUUAAAACGUGAAAAAAAAUUAAAAAUAGUCAUAAAAUAGAAAUAAAAAAAUUUUCAUGUUUAAAAAAAAUAAAAAAUAGCAAAAAAAAAAUAAAAAAACAGUAAUAAAAAUUAAAAAAAAUUCAUGUAUUCCCUAAAUUUUAUAUUAUAGAAAAAAAAUUAAAAACAACUAAAAAAAAUCAAAAAUUAAGGAGGAGGCUGAUAUAUGAGUGGAAAUAUGAGGGUCCAUUGAAGCCCCAAAACCUACUGAGACCAUGAGACAUUAUAGUGUAAAAUUACAUGCCAGUGAAUACUGAUUGGUGUGAGACUUAAAGUACUCACAGGCAGAGCUCAUGGAGUAGCCUAUUAGCUUUCGUUUUUGAUUCUUUUGCUGAACAAAAAUAAUUCUUGUUUUUAUUUCAUUGAAUUACUUCAUUAUUAAACUAUAUUGAAUCAAAGGGUUUCCGAUAUUAACCAAUGUCAUAUUAUGUUUAUAUUUCUUUCAGAUCUCAAACUGGGGUCUGCGAGGGAUAAUUGGGUAGGGUGGGUGUGUCUGAACAGCUGUUAGUUUUGGCGUUAUAGACUAACGUUGUUCUUGGCGCUGUUGUGUCAUUUAGUUCUUUGAAUUUCACUUACUUAUUGGACACGAAACGAAAGGGCCUUAUGGAUAUCUUAGUAUUUUUCUUAUUCUUGUAGGGAAAAAAUAGUCUUUAACUACAGGAUCAAUUGCUAAAAAAUUUUCUACAGCUAAGGAUUGUUCAAAAAUUUAUGUGGUCUCUGUG